AAGGAAGGAGGGCGGUAGAAACGGAAGUAAGAUCAAUAUCAACAACCUGAGUUUACAACUCAAGUCGAACUUCGCUGCAGUAGCGGAUAACAUUUCUGAAGUUAUUGUUAUAACUUCUUACGCUUUAGUAUUGUCCGGUGCAUUAUGGGGGAAGCUUCAGCCCGUGCGCUGUGGCGGCGGUUUAUCUCUGUGCUCAAACUCAAUGGCUAGUUUGGAGAUAAGUUAGCUCACUUUCUGUCAGCUGACUGGCUUGAACUUACUUUGGCCGUCUCGGGUAGAAAACUGUCGUCUGAUAUGCUCGGAUAUUGCUUUCGGGUUAGUUUGAACACUGACGUAGGCUUAGUCAGAGAGUGUUCUCGCUGCUGUUGACGCGUCCCGGUACAGUCGUCUUUGCAAUGAUCCUGCAGCUGCUGCCACCAGUCAUCUAGCUGGCUCCUCUCCUACUUUCCCCCUCCCUUAAUGGCUCACUGCGGCUCCUCUGAGCCCAGCGCAAAGGUACAGGCCCCGCACCCGGACAGCAUCCUGCCCCCACAGGGCGGCGUAGACCAGAGCAUGAAGCCGGUGCUGUUUGAGAUCUUCGGCGAGCUUUGGACCGUCCAGUCGCGUCUCGGCCAGGGAGUCUCGGCCUCGGUGUACCGGGUCAGUUCGGGCAGAGCCACUGCAGCUGUGAAGGAGUUUCAAGCCGACACUCAGGGAGGAGAUUACGGGUAUCACAAGGAGAGGUCCGUGCUGGAAGACAUCCAGGGACACAAAAACAUCGUCACACUGUAUGGAGUGUUUACCAACCACAGCUCUAUGGGUGUGACCACACGCUGUCUUUUGCUGGAGCUCCUGGAUGUCAGUGUGUCUGAGCUGCUGGUGAGGCGCAACAGUAGUACCCAAGGUGUAAGAGCCCAGCAGGGCCACUCCAUGUGGCUUGUCCAGCACUGUGCCAGAGACAUCCUCGAGGCUCUCGCCUUCCUUCACAAAGAAGGCUACGUCCACGCAGACCUCAAACCACGCAACAUCCUCUGGAGCGCUGAUGACGAGUCCUUCAAGCUCAUUGACUUUGGCCUCAGCUUCAAACAGGGAAACCAGGAUGUCAAGUACAUCCAGACAGAUGGGUACCGCGCACCGGAGGCUGAGCUUCAGAACAGCCUGGCUCAGGCGGGGGUGGAAAUGGAGGGAGACUCGGGCUGCACGGCCGCCGUCGACCUGUGGAGCCUGGGCAUCAUCCUGCUGGAGAUGUUCUCAGGAAUCAAACUCAAAGACACCGUCCGCUCGCAAGAGUGGAAGGAUAACAGCGCUGCCAUUGUAGACCAUGUCUUUGCCAACAACAGCCUGGCAUGCCCUGCCAUCCCCGUCUAUCACCUCAGAGACCUUAUUAAAAGCAUGCUUGUCACUGAUCCAAAACAAAGAUGCUCAGCUGAAACUGCCCUGCUGAGCCCAUUCUUCAGUAUUCCCUUUGCACCUCACAUUGACGACCUGGUUCUGCUGCCUUCUCCUGUUCUGCGUCUGCUCAACCUAAUCGAUGACAGCCACCUGCACAAUGAGGAUGAAUAUGAAGAUAUCCUGGAGGACAUGAAAGAGGAGUGCCAGAAGUACGGAUCCGUGGUUUCUCUGCUCAUCCCCAAGGAAAAUCCAGGGAAAGGACAGGUGUUUGUGGAGUAUGCCAACUCCAGCGACUGCAAAGAGGCUCAGAGGCUGCUGACAGGCCGCACCUUCGAUGGGAAGUUUGUCGUGGCUACCUUCUACCCUCUGAGCGCCUAUAAAAGAGGUUACCUCUAUCAGACUGUCCAGUGAACUUUUAAAUCCUCAAUUUACACCUCAGCAUAGUUUGCAUGUUAAAAACACAACUGCAAAGGUCACCAAUGAGUAGCUGCCCUGCAGUUUAAGCUCUUUCAGAUAUGAGUGAGUGUAGUUCUCCAUGCAGUUUUCUACAGCAAAUCUGUGUUUCAUGCAGAGUGCAAACUGAGCUGUGGUGAGCCUCCGCCUUCAGUCUGUGUGCUCUUUUUAUCCAUCCAGUGCUUUAAUAUAUACUAGAUCUGUCUCAUUUAAUAUCUGUUAGCCAGAGGCCUGCGUUCUGGGGACCGUAGUGCCUGUUUGAGCUUCCGUAUCACUUUCAUUCACUCAUAAAACCUCCCAUCAGAGUUCCAAGAUGAAAAAUUAUAGCUGCAUUUAAAAACUUCUAAAGGACAUCUCACUUGAUAAAUAUAUAGAUAUUGACUUUAUUUCAUCAGCUUUAUACAGAAUGCUGUUAAAAACAUGUAGCAGAUGUUAAGUAGUAAUUUAAAGGGAGUUUUAUGCAUCAAACUCAAAACUAAUGACAAAAACACCCUGAGAAUCACACCCCUUCAAAGUGAAAAUUUACUGUGGUGAAAGCAAUCUGUUAAUAUUGCCUAUUUAUAUAUCUUUUUAGGUUAAACAUUUUAGAGGAAAUGACAUGGUACCAGGGGAAUAUCCAGGUGUCUUCUGCCUGUUUUCAGGGAGAUAUUAUUUGACUAAUGCUUCCACUAGCUGGUAGUUUUCACUCACUAACUCACUGCCAUUAUCUGAGCAAGCCGAGGGGUCUCUGCACCCUCUCCUGUAGCCUUAUGCGUCGUAGCCUUUCAUUUAAAGCCAAUGUGCUCUAUUAUCUAUUUUGAUUAUUCUCAUUGUGUGUGAAACCUUUCAGAAAAACAUGCAGUAAGCAUAGUUGUUGUUUUUUUUUCACUGCAGCACACAAGCAAGAAAAUUAAGAGAUAAAACUGAAGAACUAGUAGGUAAAUAAGCCUGUGAACAGAAAAUGGUUCCAGCAGAGGCGAAAAUGUUUUCUAACUUCCUCUAACUUGAGCCAAUGAUGUGUUCCGUUUACCUCGUAAUUUUGUAGUCCGGAGCCAAAGCAUUAACCAGAUAUUGGAUGCAGAUGUGUGCAGUGGGACAUUGGAGAUUGCCCUGAUCAAGUGGUGUAAAGCCACUACCUGGAGGAUAUUUGUAGCCUCUUUAAUUAGGACUUUUUUUUUAAGACAAUCUUGAGUUGGUACAGUCCGUGUUGCUGUCAUCACUGUUUUUAAAUCUUGCACAUUGUGGCUUUUAAAGGCUGUGCAGUACUGUUGCAAGGUGAAGGCUACUGUACUAACUAGAUAAGGUUUAAUAUAUGACAAGCUUCCAGUGUGUUGGUGCAUGAUCCAGGUGAUUGAUUGUACACUGCCAGCCCAGUGUUGUAGCAUCAUCGUCCUGUGGUAGUUAGUACUUUUCAUACUAAAGCCAGUUUCUUGAAAUGCUGCUUUUUGCAUGAUGAGGGAAAAAAAAGAAAUCAAAACAAAACAUGUAGCCUUGAGAUAAAGAUUUCCUGGAGCCAACAAAGUUAAUAUUUUGCAUCUUUUAGCAGCAGGUUUUGGUGUUUUUGCAGUGAAAUGUGUUUUUUGUUUUCUUGGUUUUAUUCUUUUCCAUUACUGGGUUUAUAGUAAACACCAAGACCGCUCUGAAAGUAUUUUGAAACAUCAGACAAUUUCUACACAAGUGCCCUAUGACAUUCACAGGCUAGCUAACUAACCAAAAUGCUGCUAUGACAGCUGAUUGUGCUACAGCGGCAUGUGCUUAUAGCUAAAGCCUUUGCUGAUGCCUUAUGAAAUAACCUUCCAGCAGUUUUAGUGUCCACACAAAUUAAAGUGGACUGUUACCAACAAUAACCUGGAACAAAUCAUUUUUCUCCUUCAUUAGUUGCUCACUGCUAAUAUUUCUUCUUAUAGCCUAAGUAGCUAUUAAUCAAAAGCUCGAAGCUACAUUUGACAGUGCAGGUGUUAGCUGCGGUAAACACUAAUGCUAAUACUGCAAGAUUCUAGAAGUGAAAUUCCCGUUAUAUUCUUCAUGUUGAUUUUGAUCGUGAGCUGUAAUUUUGUAACCAUCCAAAGCAGACUGGCUACAGGCGACAACAUUAUGAAGCAGUGCUGUGUGCUCCUGUAGAAAGCAGAUAGCAACCCUGUUUUAACAAAAAAAGCAUUUUAUUCAUAGUAGAGUAAAAUGGGAAAAGAACUACUUCACCCACAAUCACGACCUAAAUCCUCAAAUUCUGACUUGAAUCCUUCUUGAAAUGGAAAAGCCACAAACAGUGAUUCCAGGCAGGAACAAAGCCCUUUACUCUAUUGAGAACUUCUACUUUACUACAUACGCAAACAUCAACUACAAAAUAUAUUGACAGCUAUUAUUUUACAACACUAUGAUGGGGAACACGAUUAAAUUCAAGAAGGCUGAAAGUUGUUUCCUCUGGAAUCUGGGGUGUGCCGUGCAUUGUGGGAUGUCUAGUUCCUUCUCCGUUAAAAGUAACUUAUGCGCAUAUUAUUGUACCUUUUUCCUUUUUCCCUUUAUUGUUUUUAAGCAAAAAUCUUUUUGUGGGUUUUUUUGGGUUGUUUUUUAUGAUUCCCCUCGUAGCUGGUUGGCUUGGUUCGAGGCUUAAAACUCUUUAACUUUCUGAACAACAACAUGUAAAGUGCUUUGAGUGCUUAGAGUAGAAAAGCGCUAAAUUCAAACCAGUCCACAUCAAUGGAGAAAAUGAAUGGGAUAUUCACUUCUAAAACCGGAGCUCUUAGAAACAUGGGUGGUUACUGUUGAACUAGCAACAGCUAGCAACAAAACACCUUUGAUUAUAUUAAACUGAACAAAGGUUUUUUGUUUUGUUUUUUUGCUCAAAGUUACCCUUACAGUUGACCCAUUAUGCUUUUCCUUGUUUUCUGCCGCCGAGGGCAGAUUUCCAUAAUAUAUCUUGUGUUUUGUGAGGGUUUGCUAGUCAGAAGAAAUUUGGCUCCAAGGGAGAGGAAAUGAUUUGUUUCAGACAGGGUGGACUGAAGAGUAAGGCUCAGUAUGUGGUAAAAGGAGUUAUUCUGAAGAGUGAAACAUGCAGUCACUGUAUUGGAGUCCAGUCAUAAUGAUAUUGAGCUGGCGUAAUAAGUCUUCUUUAAAGUCUGGUGUGUGAAAAGCAGCAGCUGGGUAUGCUGCUGAAACAUAAAAACGUGAUAGAAACCAGAUGGUGACGUUGAUGAGGAGAAUAAGUUUAUGCAUUUAUACUCUUCUUUUUUUUUUUUUUAAAUAUAAUCCAAUUUCAUUUGGAUUAUACUUAAAAUAUAAACUGAAAGAGAAACAGCAGCGUUAUCCUUGGAAAGGUCUAAAGAUGUAUUUUUCUACAAACUUUAUGUUUUUGCCUGAAAUGUGAAUUCCAAAGUUGAGAGCAUCUCUGUUGAGUUGAGAGCUGAGAGCAUCGCUGCCCUGAAAUCUUGAUUUUUAAAACUUGAGUCCUUCCAACCACUUUAUGGUAAAGCAGGUUGUAGAUCUGUGGCAUGUAAGCACAUUAUGUAACUGUAAAACAGGGAUAAAUAAAAAAACACCCCACAUCUACUCACCCAGUCAGAUUAAUUAAUUGGCUUACAACGUGUUACAAAGAGAGAUUGAAUAUUGUGAAUGAAUUCCUUGUUUAUGUGGAAAAUAGUAAGCUGUUCUCCACCUAAAAUGGGCUGUAAGGGUGGUUUCACUACUCAUGAAUACGACUGGGGCCAUCCACAGUUCCUUUUGGACUGCCAGCCACAACACACAAUAAACCAGAGAAGCACAGAGACGAAGUUAAAGAUGUUCGACUGAAAAAGAACAGAACAUGAAUCCACACUGUUGUCGUUAAAGCACUGCAACAUGGUUAGUUUCAUAUGUUUUUGUCGUAUAUAAUCAGUUGAGUUGUGGUUUUUACUGUUAGUAGUUUAUAGUGAAAAGGGCAAAGCAGGUCUGUCUGUGGCUGCACCUUCAAAAUGAUAAUGUGACCAGCUGGCUUUUAUAAACGAAUAGAAAUACUCGUUGAUUUUAUGAAGCGUUUGUUACCUGAAUGUCUGAGUCCAGUGCUGCUCUUUAUUUCACUGGAAGCAUGAAUAUAAAAAGAAAAUGCUUCCACAGAGCUGUGAGAGAGAGACGUGGGGGGAAUCCUUUGGCAGUUUUAAAUGUUUGAGUGGAAUAUUUAUUCAGGUUGCAGUUUUUUUUAAGGUGUUUGCUGAUGGUGAUGUGAGCUCUAUGAUGCAGAAACAAUGUUUUUUGAGUUUGUUUAUGAUUUUCUUUAGGUAAACUUGCAGUGUGGAGCUUUGUCUCCCGUGUCUGACAGUGGAAGUCAUUUCAUCAACACUGUUAACGCAUGCUGACCAUGAUUGUUUUUAGACACAUCAUCAGAAACUCUUCUUGGAAGUUUCCUAGGUUUUUUCCACUUUCCUCUACUCUCUCUGCAUUACUGUGGUUGCUUAACUCUUCAGUUGUGGCAACCCAGUUAUUGCUGGGUAGACAUAAAACACGUUGCUACCAGUGCAUCAAAUUUAAAACUCCAGUACUCUAUGAGCAAUCAUAAGCUUAAUAAGCUUUGUGUUUAGAAAGACCUUGAUUGUCUGCCACAGUCCAGCUUUACAUUUUGAGAUUGGGUAAAGUUUAUUUAGACUUUUGUUUUUUAAAAUAUUAGUUAAAAAAUUUUUUUCUUUGCUCAAGGCAGAAAAGACGCUCAGCGCCGCCUCAUGCUGCUGGCACUCGCAGCAACUCGAGCAACUGAAAACGUACGCUGGCCUGAAAGUUAUCCACACAUGGUUGUCUGGCUGCAUUUUUGAAACCCUGCAGAUAGGAACUGCAUUUAUGUACUUUUAUCACUCAGAAUAGAGCAAAGUGUGAGCAAAUCAGAAUAUCCACGGUGUUGUUACGCCUCCUGUUUACGCCCUCUGAGGCUUGUAUCUCUAUCUUGUCUCUGAGGCAGCUUCUCACUUAAGACUUAAAUCCAUUAUUUUGUCUUGAUAGACUUCUUAGGCACUCAGUUAAGGUUGUUGAUUAUAAAUUUCUUUUCUUCAUUUACACGACUGCUUGUUGCAGCACUAAUGCACACUACUUUAUGUGCGACUGCAUUAGUGUUUGAAGUAUCUGGUUCUCUGUGUGUGUUUGUGGCAUUAGAGCUCCUUCGAGAAUUUUAUGAUGUUGUUCAGCAGAGAAAUUAAAAAUAUUAGGGUUCAGAGGUGGGCGAUGAUUUUCUUUGUCUUUCUUCCAGUUAGCUGUCCCACUUUUGACCUGCAUUUGAGUGUGUGUGCAGAGGAUUUUGAUCCUUCUUUUUCCCCUUUUUUCCAAUUUCAUCCUGCCUGCUCUUGUAGUCUUCCAUCCUUCUUCCCAAAUCCAAUGCUGUGAUUCAAACGUGGCUCAUAAGUGUUUACUUUUCCAACUUUUUUAAGUUGUAAAAAAUGAGAUUUGUUCUCUGCAUAUUCCAUCUGCUUCACUUAAAUUCUGGGUUUGUUUUCCUUGUAGCUGCUAGUGAAUCAAGGUGCAGCUUUAAGUCAGUCCAUUUUCUAUAUUUCUGCCAUCAAAGAUAUAUUUUUUCACAGUGUACUUAAUCUUCACUGCACAUUUAUUGUGCAUCUAGAUAGUGUCUUAUAUGUGUGCACACCUGUGUGGAGGAUGAAAUAGCAGUGAAAAAGUUAAACGCCUUCUAGCUGUGUGCAUGGCGUGAUGUGUAAUGUGUGCUGGGACUAUUCUGCUCCAUCAGCAUGUGUGUGGUGAUAUGGCUCUAUAUACCAGCUUGCUUGCAAAGGCAAUCGAAAAAUCCUUUGAAAUGACAAACAGGGAGUCAGUUUAGAGCUGAAGAGUGAGUGAAUAUGAAAAAGUGCCGCCAGCUGUUUAAUCUUUAACACAACUGUUGUAUGAUGUCCUGUUACUGAAAGCACAUUAUCAAAGGAAUAUCUUGAAAUUCUUUACAGCACAGCAGAUAAAAGCUGAAGAUUAGAUCAAAUAUAAAGAACAUCAGCUGCUUCAUUUACACAAAACAUCAACUGACAGUGAAAUGAGCGAGCUAAACGUGAGCAAGAACACUACAACAGUAGAAAUGUCCUGUUGGUUCAGGGUUUUUUUUGUUUUUUUGCUGAAUUUGAAUUUAACAUGCUGCAUAUUGACAAAGUGUUUAGAAAAGUGUUCUUCGUGUGAAUAAUUGUCAUUUUUCUUUUUAAAUCUUUUAAAGCUGCAGUAAUUGUUUCAUUUUCAAUCCAAACAAUAAUUCUACAUGGGUUAAGGAAAAAAAAAAAAGCUCUGUGGAGCUGAGGAGACAGUCACUCCUUAUGACAUCUUUCACGUUACCCUUUGUCAUUUGACAACAAAGACACUGAUUAGUGCAGCUUUAAAAGUGUGUUUUCUGCACAAACAGGUCCCAGAGGACUGACCUGAGUUUUCUUUUCUUUUUCUUUAAUAUCUGACCAACUACUGUUGUAAAAUCAGGUUUGGGUAUAAAUGCCAAGCAGGCAGCACAAUCUCUGAGGGCUCAGAAAUACCAAAUCCAGACCGGAGUACCAGCUGAGUGAAACCAAAUGAUGUGAGAAGCGAGAGAACUUGCACAGUAAUUGUUGUCAUUUCGAGUCCGAACAAAU